AUGGCUCCAGCGUGGGUUGCGCAGUCGCUCGCGGACAUCCUUGGUCUUGACCUCGAGACUAUCAACCAGGUCAUCAUCCCUGACCUCGAGGGGUACACGUCCGAGGUGCGGUUGAGAGGACAGCUGCAGGACUUCCUCGGACCAACCUCAGCCGCCCGUGCCUUCGCCGACCGCUACGCUGCACACCGCUUCCCUCCUCUUCCCGGGGCGAGCACCGCGCAACCAGGUCCGUCCGCCCCGCGCAUUAUACAACCCACUCCUAGAUAUGCCUCAGCCUCCGUGGCCAAUGAGCGCUCGCACUCUCAAACCUCCCCCGACCUGAAGGACUUCAUUCGCGCCGACUUGAGCAUCAAGAAGAAGAAGAAGAACACGGCCGCGCUCGCCGUUGCAGCCUCCCAGUCACCCGCUCCGCGCACCCCUUCAGCAACGCUUCCCGAGGAACUCGAAAGCGCCUUCGGUGCCGGCGGCAAGGUGUACCAGAAGAACCGGGACGACAACCUCUUUCCAUCGCGUGGCAACUCUGCGCGCGGCGGGACGCGGACGGCAGGCAGCGGCGCACACACCCCCCAUCGCGUUGGUGGCGCCGUGACGAUUAUGGAGUCGACAAAACCAGCCAAGGAGAAGGGAAAGGCGAAGGAGGAGAAGGUUUGGGACCUGCCAAAGAGCGAGGAGACGAAGCGCCUUGAGGGCAUCGUCGAGGGUUUGCGCCAGAUGCAGGCGGGUAUGGGCAAGGGCGCGCCGGUCAACACGCCGCCAUGUUUCUGUCAGGCGCGACUGCAUGACCUCUCCCGCUACACGCCGCAAUGCGCUGCAUGCGGCCUGAUUCUCUGCUCGCUGCAGCCGGCCCACGCACCCUGUCCAUCAUGCGCUCGUCCGACAUUAUCACCACCAGGUCUUGCCCGCUUGAUCUUACGCGUUGAGGGUGACAUCGCGGCGCAGAUCGCCCGCGAGCAGGACGAACGAGACGCCGCGGAGCGCGAGCGCAAGGCCCGCUUGCUGGCCCAGUCAGGCGGCGGCGCAUUCCCCACCCUGCCUGGUGGAGCCCGCAAGUUGCAGAGCACGGCCGACGCAGCUCGCAAGGUCCUGACGAUCAAGAGCGGACAGGGCAAGAGCAAGGGGCGCGGCAAGGCGACCCUCACCACUACGACGUACACGGCAGUUGCGACUCCUCCGACCAGCAGCAAAGAACCCAUGGCGCCUGAGACGAUGCCUCGACCCCGUUCCCCGCCACUGAACCUGUCCAAACGUGCCAAGGAAGCCGCCAAGGCACACGAGUGGUGUUUCGAGCAGGACCGGCCGUGGGGCGACCUCAAGAGCGAGCGGCGCAGUGAGACGUGGACAUACGUCGAGAGACUCGUGAUCGAGCAGCCAAACGAGGAGGGCAUGGGCCGGGGGAGGAAGGCGAAAUCCAAGGGGCUUGGGGCCAACGGUCGGCCUGUGGUCGGCGCGGCGCGGUAG